AUGAAGCUCGGAUUCAUCGACGGAUCUUGUAAGAUGCCACUAGAUGCAGAUGGAGUAAUGCAAUGGAAGCUAGUGGAUGCUAUGGUGAGAAACUGGAUAAUGAACACUAUGGAUCAAAACCUGAAAAUUCAUUUCCAGAAUGCUGUAACUGCUCAACAACUAUGGAAAGAUAUUCGAAGUACAUACGAAGGCAACAACGGACCAAGACGUUUUCAGUUAGGGAAGGAUAUAUCCACUAUUCAACAAGGUACUUCUGAUAUUGUUGAGCAUUAUUCCAAAGUUAAAUUGAUUUGGGAUGAAACUGCACAUUUGAAGCCAGCAAGAAAGUGCAACUGUGAUAGAUCUGAUGUUGUUAAUUGUUAUGGAUGUAAGGUUGUAAGUGAAGUAGCGCAAGAUGUUGAAGAAGCAAAGUUGCUUCAGUUUCUGAUGGGAGUAAAUGACUCUUAUGAACAUGUUGUGGAUAAUAUGCUAGCAUCAGAUCCAUGGCCUUCAGUUCAUAAGGCAUUUACUAUUCUAGUUAAUGUUGAAACUAAGAGGAAUAUUAGCAUAUCUAAAGGAGAAUACACUGCAAUGAUGGUGAAGGAGAAGACAGAAUUGAACAACAAGAAUCAGAAAAUUGAAGGAAGUUUAAAAUUACCUGCUGAAAAAUUCAAACCCUUCAAGAACUCUAUCUGCACUCACUGUGGACUAAAAGGUCACAUAAAAGAAGGCUGCUGUCAACACAGCAAAUGUGGCAAAUUCUCCAUUGGAUGA